UCAAAAAAAAAAAAGACUUCCUCCACUGUUGCUCCACUGUCUGAGAAUUCUGCUCUGCCAUUCCUCCAUAGAAACACCAAGUUCACCUAUUACUUUUAUUCAAUUCAAAGCAGCGUAAUCCAUCCAUGGCGGACGCCGAGAAGUUUGAUUUCCCGGAUGAGAUCAACAUGUUGCAAAGCGUGAUUAUCGACAACUCCCACAGCAACAAGGAGAUCUUCCUCCCUGAGAUCAUCAACAUCGCCUCUAAUGCUUUGGACAAAAUUGUAUUUGAGAGCGUGACAGACAAGAGCAAGCUCCAUGCCCAGCCACGGUUUUUUAUCUGUGUUGCACCUGACAAGACCAAUAACACCCUGUCUAUUAUUGAUAGUGGUAUUGGCAUGACCAAGGCUGAUUUGGUGAACAAUCUUGGUAUCCAUUCAAGGUUUGAAACCAAGGAAUUUGUGAAGGCAUUGGUUGCUGGUGCUGAUAUCAGCAGGAUUGGACAAUUUGGUGUUGGUUUCUACUCUGCUUAUUUGGUUGCUGAGAAGGUUAUUGUUACCACAAAGCACAAUGAUGAUGAGCAGUUCGAAACCAAGGAAUUUGUGAAGGCAUUGGUUGCUGGUGCUGAUAUCAGCACGAUUGGACAAUUCGGUGUUGGUUUCUACUCUGCUUAUUUGGUUGCUGAGAAGGUUAUUGUUACCACAAAGCACAAUGAUGAUGAGCAGUAUGUAUGGGAAUCUCAAGCUCAUGGGUCAUUCACUGUCACCAGGGACACCUCUGGUCAGAACUUGGGCAGGGGUACCAAGAUCACACUUUUCCUCAAGGAGGACCAGCUUGAGUACCUUGAGGAGCGGCGUCUCAAGGACCUAAUCAAGAAGCACUGUGAGUCUAUUAGCUACCCAAUUUCCCCGUGGGUUGAGAAGACUACUGAGAAGGAGAUUUCAGAUGAUGAGGAUGUGGAAGAAAAGAAGGAUGAUGAAAGAAAUGUUGAGGAAGUUGAUGAGGACAAGGAGAAGGAGAAGAAAAAGAAGAAGAUCAAGGAGGUUUCUCAUGAGUGGUCUUUGGUGAACAAGCAGAACCCCAUCUGGACGACGAAGCAUGAGGAGAUCAUAAAGGAAGAAUGUCCUGCUUUGUACAAGAGCCUUAGCAAUGAUUGUGAGGAGCCCUUGGCUGUCAAGCGAUUCUCCGUUUCUGUUGAGGGCCGGCUUGAGUUCAAGGCUAUCCUUUUUGUUCCCAGGAGAGCACCCUUUGAUCUCUUUGACACCAGAAAGAAGCAAAACAACAUUAAGCUGUAUGUCCCCCAUGUCUUUAGUAUGGACAACUGUGAGGAUCUAAUCCCUGAAUACCUUGGCUUUGUGACAGGCAUUGUUAUUUCUGAGGAUCUUCCUCUCAACAUUUCACGAGAAAUGUUGCAGCAGCAGGAUGAGAUCUUGAAGGUAAUUCGAAAGAACUUGGUGAAGAAUUGCAUUGAACUCUUUUUUGAGAUUGCUGCUAACAAGGAAGACUACAACAAGUUCUAUGAGUCAUUCUCUAAGAAUCUCAAGUUUGGUAUCCAUGAGGAUUCCCAGUACAGGAUUAAGAUUGCUGCGUUGCUCAGGUAUCACUCCACCAAGAGUGGUGAUGAGAUGACCAGCUUGAAGGACUAUGUAACCAGGAUGAAGGAGGGGCAGAAUGACAUCUACUACAUCACAUGUGCAAGCAAGAAGGCUGUUGAGAAUUCUCCAUUCCUUGAGAAGUUGAAGAAGAAGGGGUACGAAGUCCUUUUCAUGGUGGAUGCAAUUGAUGAGUAUGCAGUUGGUCAACUGAAGCAGUUUCAGGGUAAGAAGCUUGUUUCUGCUACCACGGAGGGUCUGGAUCUUGAUGAGAAUGAAGAUGAGAAGGAAGGGAGCGAAGCUUUUAUGGAGACGUUGGAGAAUCUUUUCAAGGGGAUCAAGGAUUUUCUGGCCGCCAAGGUGGAGAAGGUGAUGGUGCAAGCUGGGCUUAGCAUUCAUGAGGACAGCGGUGAUGGUGAUGCGGGAAAUGCUGAUGCCGAGGGCAGCUAGAAGGAGAAAGUUGAUUAAACUCUCAUUUCAGUUACUUGCUUUUUACACUUUUUAAUAAUGGAAAUCCCUUCAG